AUUCACGCCGUCGCUUCUAUCUCAUCUUCGGCGUCACUAGUCGGACCUUCCCUCCGUGGUUGACACAUCUCCGGAGGCUUCUACAAAGAGGAAAAAGCAGUUUAAUCGGUUUCAACUUUGUUUUAUCUCUCGAAGUCGCGUGACGCUAGGUAGCUGCACCCGACACCUCAGGUCCGGGUUAGCAUAUUUGGCUAAUUGUUUUGUUAUUAAAAGUAACUUUAGAAUGCUGCUCCCCGCCUCCUAAAUGGUGUUCCUGCAGAUGUGUCGUGUUUAGACCUUCAUUACAGUUCUAAGAUUUUAAUGGAGUGAGACACUGCUGCAUUUUUGUAUCUACGCAUCUGAGCGACAAAAAGCAAUCAUCUCCUUUGGCUCCGCUCGCUGAUCAUAAUCAUCAUCGUAGAUGGAUGCGAUGGACACCUUACAGAGCUCAGCCCCAGAGACCAAAGCCGAGCGGAUCGCUCGCUACAAAGCCGAAAGGAGGAGGGAGCUGGCUGAGCGCUAUGGCACCACUGAAGAAUUCACCUCCAAAUAUGCCCGCAGUAAGGACAGGAAAAUUGCAGAGUCAUCCGAAUCAAAGACAAAGGAGAAAUGUGAGGAUAACGGGUCAGAGGAAAGGUACACCAGGAAAGGCCUCAAGAGUAAAGUCGAUAUUGACACUGAUAUCGAGAAACUGAAACACAAGACUGUUUUAACAUCGGAAACAGAAGUUCAGCCUUCCAUCAAGACCAAUAUUAGGCGGCUGGCAGCUGAUGACAUAGACAAGUCAAAGGUUAUCCAGAAGACUUCAGACACAAAGACUUACACUUCCAAGAUGUCUCUUAUAAAGGAUCAGGAGGAUGGGAGCAGUGCCAAGAUUGGAGGACACCCUCAGCCAAUCAGUAGUGAUGAAGAGGAAACUCCUGCAGGCAAAGACAUGGAAGACACUACAGAUGAGCCUUCAGUGAAGGAGCAACAGCAACAUGAAGCUCGGGAAGAAAUAAAGGCCGCUUCACUCCAGCGCCAAGACUCUGAGCCACGAGGCAUUAAGGGAAUCCUGAAGAAAAGCCGCUCCACUAGUGUGGAGUCUGACCAAAGCGAAGGGUCGACGCAAGACUGUACGCCGGUCCGACAAAGCAACGUCAUCCUCAGCCGCCCUAAAAGCGAGGAGGAUGAGGAGUUGGAAGAGGAUGAGGAAGAUGAGGGAGACUUGGAGGACGAUAAUGAGGACAUCGACGACGACGAGUCGUUACUGGACGACAUCACGGACGGAGGGGACUUGGGCAUCCAGAGGCGGCGGAGUGAGCGCAGCAGCGGUAGCAGCUGCAGCCGCGGGAGUUUGGAGGAGAUGCGCAGUCCUUCGUCGGACGAGAGCCUGGAGAUGACCUCCACAGUGUCUGAAGACACAGAGGAGCUAGAUAGUCUGGACGGGAGCCAUGGUUCCUCUAUCAAACAGAGACUAGCAGAGUUCAACAGUGGUGACAGCGAGAAGAAGGAGUUGACAAAGAAGCCUAAGCCUGUUGAGGCGGUCCACACAUCGCUAGCCGAUCGCUUCAACCAGCUUCAUGAUGCUGAGAACGCCUGGAAGAAAAAGAAAUCAGGCAUGGAGACGACGCCCAAGGUGUCGCUGGCCGAGAGGAUGAAGGUCCUGAAGGACAAGGAGGAGCUGUGGAAGAAUAAAGGCAAAGGUGCUGCCAACGAUUCCAGUCAGUUCACCGUAGCAGGACGCAUGGCCAAAAAAGGUCUGGUGACAGACACAGGAAAGGAAGAGUCCCGUCUUACGCCACUCAAGAAGUCCAACGCCACUCCUGUGAAGCCACAGGAAGACAUCUCCAGCAGAACUGCUGUCAAGGUGGAAGGAGACAAGCGGCUGGACAAACUUGAGUCCUUCCUGGACAAACUUCACAGCAAAGGCGUGAGCAAGAACAAGACGCCCACCAUUGAAGUGACGGCAGAGACGGAGAAAGAAGUCAUGACGUUGGAUGACGAAGAGACCUUUGGCAACUUCUUUAAGUCGGCCACAUCCUCAACCCUUCAGGACAUCAUCGUGACCGAGGAGGACCUGAGCCAGAUACAGGCUGACACGCCCAGGCUCACCUCAGCUGUAGCUGAGCACAAGCGAGCGGUGAGACCAAACAGAAGGAAUCAGGGAUCCAGGAACCCUCUGAAAGCGCUGGCUGCACGCAACGACAUCCGGCAGGUGUACACCGAACAGAGGCUCAACAUCGCCUCGGUGGAGACCAAGAGGAUCCAAGUGGAGAGAAUGGCCAAACACUCCAACCUGGCUGACGUAGCCCUUGCAGGCCUGGCCAGCAAAGAAAACUUCCGCAAGGUCAACCUGCGUAGCGUCAAGUCGACCGAUGUUGUCACCAACAACAGCACGCUGCCCUUCAACAAGCUCAUGCUCAUACGCAUCAAAGGUCGGAGGCACGUGCAGGUGCGCCUGGUGGAGCCCACCUCCAAAUCUCUCAACAGCGGCGACUGCUUCCUCCUCAUCACGCCCAAGCAGUGCUUCAUGUGGAGCGGCGAGUUUGCCAACGUCAUUGAGAAGGCAAAGGCGUCGGAGAUGGCGUCCUUCGUCCAGGCCAAGAGGGACCUUGGAUGCCGAGCCUCUCAGGUGACAGUGCUGGAGGAGGGCAUCAACACAGACAGCAAAUGGGCCAAAGAGUUUUGGAGUCUGCUUGGAGGAAAGAGCCAGUAUAGAGGAGCAGGAGAGCCAGAGGAGGAUGAGCUGUAUGAGAGCGGAGUGUUGGACUCCAGCGGGGUCUACAGACUCCAGGGAGACAAGCUGGUGCCGGACGAAGACGCCUGGGCCUCCAUCCCGAGUGUCUCCUUGCUCGACUCCAAAGAGGUUUUGGUGUUUGAUUUUGGCAGCGAGGUGUACGUGUGGCACGGCAAGGACGUGUCUUUGGGAGACAGAAAGGUGGCAGUCAAAUUGGGCAAGCAGCUCUACAGCGGCAGCUACGACUACAGCAGCUGCAGGGUUAACCCGUUUGAUGCCUCCUGCACGAAUAACGAAGUACCACAACAAGGAGAGAGCCGUCCAAGCUGGACUCUGUUUGGUCGUCUGUCGGAACACAACGAGACGUCCCUGUUCAGAGAGAAAUUCCUGGACUGGGCCGAGAGAAAGAAGGAGGAGGCAGCCGUAACGGAGGAAGUCAAGAGCCCGGUCCACUCCAGUGUCCGCUCGUCGCCCGAUCUGGACCUGCAGCCGUGCGAAGCCAGAGCGCUGCUGGACAACGAACCGGAGCCAGUUAAAACCGUCCUGGAAGGGGUGGACGUCCAGCGGGGGCACGGCGUGGUGAGGACCGAAGACCGCAGGCAAGCGGAGUUAGCCACAGUGGCCGUUGACGCCUGGCAUAUUAAAGAAUACGGUGAAGAGGAGGUGCCUGAAGAGAGUCUCGGACAGCUCCACGAAGGAGAUGCUUACAUCAUCCGCUGGAAGUACUCCAUCACCACACUCGUGGGGAAGCGACAGAAACCAGGAGAGCUGAGUGCCGGUGCUCCAGGGAGGGAAAGGACAGCUUGCUUCUUCUGGCAGGGCCUCCAGUCCAGCGUGAGCGAGAAGGGAACCUCUGCCCUUAAGACAGUAGAGCUGGGUAACUUCAGAGGCUCACAAGUUCUGGUGACUCAGGGAAAAGAGCCCCCGUGCUUCCUCCAGCUGUUCCAGGGCGGUUUGAUCAUCCACAAGGGCAGUCGAGAGGACUCUGUCAAAACCUCCGGUUGGAGGUUGUUCUGCGUCCGCGGUGAGGCGGACGUGGAGGCCAUGCUGGUGGAGGUGGACUGCCACAGCGCCAGCCUGCGCUCGCGGGCCGUUCUGGUCUUGCUUCACGCUCGGGAUGGCCGUCUCUACGUGUGGCGAGGAUGUAAAGUGCAUGCCGGCGCCAUGCAGGUGGCUAAGAGGGCUGUGGCCCUUCUAAGCCAGAGGUGUCCGUCUGAGUUGGGUCUGAAAAGCAGCAGCCGGGUAAAGGCGGAGGAGAUUGAGGAAGGAGCUGAGCCUGCAGAAUUCCUGAAGGUUCUUAGCGUGCAGGACAGGAAGUCCUACGAUUGCAUGCUUCAAGACCCAGGGAAGUACAAUUACACCCCGAGGCUGUUCCGCCUGGGUGCCAGUUCUGGUGUCUUCGAAGGGGAGGAGUAUCUGUAUCCUGCUAGGGUGACGGAGGGCGUCAUGGCCAUGCCUUUCCUGCAGGAGAACCUCUACUCCGCCCAGCAGCCCGCACUGUUCCUGCUGGACAACCGCAUGGAGGUGUACCUUUGGCAGGGCUGGCAGCCGGAAGAGGAGCAGUGCACGGGCUCGGCAAAGAUGCGCUGGGACAACGAGAGGAAGUGUGCCAUGGAGACCACGCUGCAGUACUGCAAAGAAAAGAGUUCUCGGCGCCCCCCUCAGGCGUAUCUCGUCACGGCAGGCUGUGAGCCGCUCACCUUUACCAACAUUUUCCCAUACUGGAAGAAGGACCCCAGCAUCUCAAAAACUGAGAGCUCCAAAAACAAAGUGGCCUUAGUGAAGGAGGUGCUGUCCAAGCUGAGUAAGCUGCAGUAUUCCAUCGAGGAGCUCACCAGGUCGCCCCUUCCUGACGGGGUGGACCCUCUCCGCCUGGAGGAUUACCUCUCUGACCAGGACUUUAAGAACCUUCUGGAGCUGAGUCGGGUGGAGUUCAACGCCCUGCCCAACUGGAAGCAGAAGAACCUGAAGAAGAGCAAGGGGCUUUUUUAAUCAAACUUUUUAUACAGAUGUAAUAAUAGUGACCUCAUUUUUACUGUUUUUUUGUUGUUGUAAAACUGUACAAUUGUGUUUUUUGUAAUACCAAUUUUGUAUGACUUAUUCCAUUACUUUGUGCAAUGUUGUUCCGUAUGUGGUCUCAUAGUUCCACUUGUGUAAUAAUAUGUAAUAUAUAUACUAUCAAGUCAUUGUUUGUGGGCUGGAAUGUAUAAAAAAAAAUGCCUGUGGUUUAUAAGCGGGAGUUUUCUUUUUGUUGUUAGCAUCGUCUGCUGUUUUUAAUUUGUUACCUAAUCACUUUGUAUUUUAUAUUUGUCACUCGUGGCCUUGUGAAAAGCUCUUUUUUAAAAGUAUUUUUAAUUGGUACUGAAUAAUUGAGCAUUCUUGUGUGUAAUCAUGGACCAAAUUAGACUCUUUUUUUUUUCAACCCUUGCCAACAGUGUUUUUUGUGAAAAGUAUUAUAUUCUUAUACAAUUAAGCUCUUUGAAGAUGUUACCUGUAUUUUGUAUGCUUCCUAGCCACUCUUAUGCAAUGUGAUAAUUUUUUUUAAUCAGGAAAGAAAUGCAUUACAUAGACCAGUUUUUAUUGUUAUUUUUUGGCACAUAAUUGCAAACAUGAAUAAAAUGUUUGUUGAAGAAUGUCACUUAUAACAAGUGUGGAUUGAUAUUGGACCCACCAAAAAAAUAACCCAGGUGUAUCCAAUCGGUUAAAGAGGGUGUUGUGGAUGCCAUUAUUAUUACUAUCAAUAACACCUGCUGGCAAGGUGACUGCUUUUGUAUGCAUGCUGGGUCAUUUUGUAGCACUGC